AUUGACCCUGUGAAAUACAAGAGCAUUUCAUCUGGAUUUGGACUUUUGCUAAAGGAGCAGGGAAUCAGAGGCUUAUUUAGGGGUUGGGCGCCAACUUUUCUGGGUUACAGUGCUCAGGGUGCCUGCAAGUAUGGAAUCUAUGAAUUCUUUAAGAAAUAUUAUUCCGAUAUUGCUGGACCAGAGUAUGCAGCAAAAUACAAGACCUUGAUCUAUCUUGCUGGCUCUGCAUCUGCUGAGGUGAUUGCAGAUGUUGCACUUUGCCCCUUUGAAGCUGUUAAAGUUAGAGUUCAAACUCAGCCAGGUUUUGCCAGAGGUUUGUCAGAUGGCUUUCCCAAAUUUAUCAGAUCUGAAGGUGCCCUUGGGUUGUAUAAGGGUAUAGUUCCUCUGUGGGGGCGUCAGAUCCCAUAUACAAUGAUGAAGUUUGCAACAUUUGAGAAUCUGGUUGAGCUGAUCUACAAGCAUGCGAUUCCGAAGCCAAAGAACGAAUGCAGCAGUGGGUUGCAGCUGGGGGUGAGCUUUGCUGGUGGAUAUAUUGCAGGUGUUUCUUGUGCUAUAGUUUCUCAUCCUGCUGAUAAUCUCGUCUCUUUUCUCAACAAUGCUAAAGGGGCUACCGUCGGUGACGCUGUUAAGAAACUUGGAUUAUGGGGUCUCUUCACACGAGGGCUGCCGCUCCGUAUAGUAAUGAUUGGAACCCUCACCGGAGCUCAGUGGGUUAUCUAUGACGCAUUCAAAGUUUUUGUUGGAUUGCCAACUACCGGUGGGGUUGCCCCUGCCGCCGCCGCCACCGAAGAUGCAUCUCCUGAACUUUGAAGCGCAUAUAGGGCGGCCGCCCGCCAACAUUCAUUGUUGUAAAAUUGGAAUGGAAACCCACGAAGAGAAAGAAAACAAUAAAGUCAUUACAAUAAAAUGAAUUUAGGAUUUUGGGAAAGGAUAGUUGCCGCAAGAAAGAAAACGGUAAAAUAAUAUUUUAAGCAUGUACUUUCCCAAUUUGGUUCCUCUACUUUCACAAUUAGUUCUGGUAGCUCUAUCGCUGGAUCAUUUUUAGUUAUCAUAUGGGCCUCCAUGUUUUUUAAAA